AUGCAAACACUACUCGCUCUCAAGGCUGGCCGCGCCUUUCGUAAUGGCAAUUCGAAUCUGGUGGAACCCAGCCCCGUCAAGGGCGCCCUUGUUCUGAUCAACGGGGAAGAUGGACUGUUCCACUUUACCUGGAAGAAUAGAGCGACGGGCGUGGUAGACGAGGUUUGUGAGCGAUCUGAUUCUAUUUCCCUCCGAUGCCUCUUUCGUGAGGGUACCCCAAGCAUCUGGUCGGACCUAUGUCCUCAAGUUCUCUUCGUCCGACCAGAGACACUUUGUACGCUUUCUCAGCCUUCGCUUCGAGAAUUGAUUUCUCAGUCGCGCUCCGCUCCAGUUUUGGUUCCAGGUACUGCUUGUCUUGUUACUGCCCACCAGUUCUUGACCGCGCGUCAGGACGCGUCAACUACCAAAGAUGACGAUUUUGUCGCUAAUAUCAAUCGCCUGCUGCAAGACCCCGAAGCCGAGUUGUCGUGGACCCAAUCGGACGCGUCGAACGUUGCGGGAGCUUCGAGCUCCACGUCGACGAAUGCGCCUUCCUUGGCGACUGCAUCCUUGAUCGAUCCUGAGCAGCUGGCUCAGUUGCAGGCUUUGCUGGCUGGAAACCGUGCGACUAGUGGUGCACCAGACAUGUCCUUGUCGGAUAUACUCACUCCUGCAAACCUCACGCCUCUGUUCACGUCACACCCUGAACUGAUACCCACUCUGUUUCCCCACUUGCCCCCAGAUCUCCCCACUCCACCAUCCGCUGAGGCACUGCAACGAAUCAUUAACUCCCCCAAUUCCGUUCGGCUGUUUCAAGCUUCGACCAAGCUCUACAAACUGGGCUCCUUGGAGGAUUGGAGCAAGCCGAUCGUGAAGGUGCCUCUGAUGAUAGGAUGGAUACCGACUAGGAAUUCGAAAAAGCAUACAUAUUCGCCAUACUCCAAGUUCCCCGUGGGUGCUGCGCUGCUCGCCGCUGACGGGACCAUUUUCAAGGGUGCCAACAUCGAAAACGCGUCAUACGGUGGAACGAUCUGCGCAGAAAGGACUGCAUUCGUGAAGGCAGUUAGCGAGGGCACCCGAUCUUUCAUCGCGCUGGCCGUUGUGAGCGAUGUGCCGGAGGCCAUCUCUCCCUGUGGCAUGUGCCGUCAGGUCAUCCGCGAGUUCUGCGCGCAAGACAUGCCCAUUCUGCUUGUGCCAGCAGACUAUCCGAAACCCGAGGGCUCGAAGGGUGGGAAUUCGUUUGGUGGUGUGAAAGAGACCAGCAUCGCAUCGCUUCUUCCUGACAGUUUUGGACCGGAGCAUCUCGACCUCCCUCGGUCUGGGGGUAACCACUCUUGAACCAUCUAUCUUCUAUAAUCCUUCCACGAUAUGUAACACAUCCUUGCUCAGACUCGGACGCCCGUGGGACUAUCCUCUAUCGUGUCGACGUGAAUCUUCUUCGGCGCUCAUCUUUUGAUCAUUCGUAACUUCAACACAUGCCUCCUGACGCGACGGCAGUUUGAAUUCUCCGUCUGCAAGUGCUGUGAAACUUUUCCCAGCAUGUCUCUUCUGUCCUGCGAUUUGCGCUGUGAUAUCCCCGACCAGCCCUAUGGGGAGCUCCGACUGAGAUGCGAUGGAUCAGAAACGCGGUCUCCGUAUAGUCUGACGAUGCAGCUCUUAUCGGAAAGGCCGGCUGGACUUGGACCAGGAUGCCUUCACUCGAAGAGCUGCGGAUGACAAUGCAUGUUCUCCGAGUACCGAGUACAGCGGAAACGAAGCCAGGCACUAGGAGACUCUGUGCCUGCUGGUACAUCUGAAAAGAUGUGACUGAUUUCGACUCGAUAGGCCAGUUU